UGAAGUGAACAGCUUGAAGGCAACUCCCGUCAUCCGGCGACUAGAGCCUGAGGCAUAGGCCGGGGGAAGCGAGCAACACCGACCGUCAACCACCCGCUUCUCAACCACGUCGGCGGCCUGGUCAACCGUGGAUAACACUUUGUCAAUCAACUUGUUAACCACAUUGUGUGUAUCCCAGCAACACAUGAUACAUCCGACCGUGGUUCUUGUGAAGCCUUCCGAGAAGUCUCAAAGCCACUGCAAACCAUGCAAGAAUGCAUUGAACGCAUCGACUAUACAUCCCCACCGGUAAAAAACGCCAAAGCCGUCAAAUGUUCUCGCGUAAUGGAAGAGUUUCCCGUCUUCGAACCCCGUCGCCCAACAGACAUUCGCCCUCACCUCCGGUCGUCGUACAUCGCGAAGCGCUUCGCAACCACGAGAAUGGCACGAUCCGUAAAUCAUUGGAAUCCCUCAAGGAGCAAAGCUUUAUUGCUGCCAUGUAAAACUAUGUUCCUGAUGAUUUCAGACCACCCGAACCGAUGCCUAUCCGCCCGGACCGUUCUCUCCGGUUAUAUUAGGAGAGAAGAGCCACAAGAGAGCUGCGAGACGGCGAUGCUGUCCGCAAUGAGUAACACAUGUUUCUUGGGGGUGAACAGUGGUGUUGUCAAGAGACCUAAUGGUCAUCUGCAUAGGGGUCAUGGUAAAGCCCCAUCUCGGGGCACUGAAACCGCACCCCAAACUACCCAGUGCGGAGGAGCGAAAAUUGCGAGCGAGGAUGACACAUCCACACUCCAGGUUUGACUGCUUCUGCGGUUAGAGCAUGAUCGGUAAAAAGGAUAGACGGUAGGGAUCGCUCAUGAGAAUUUAUUGUCGCAUACUGCUCCUGUGCAUUGGCGUGCUGAUCAGCGAACGACGCAGAACAAGGAAACCCCGCCAGCGACUACGGAUAUACGCCGGGACUGCAAGAAGAUACGGCAUUGUACAGUGCAUGAACGCAAAACGAAGACGAGCCGAGGCCUCGAGAAGAAUUGGAAGUUCGGCUAGCC